GGCGGCGGCACACGGCAAUCAGCUGCCAUGCUCAGGACCGCCGCCACUCUUGCGCUCGUCGCCUCCGCGUCCGCCUACACCCCCACCCUGAUGUCCCUCAACCCAUCCAGGCGUGCGGUCGUGCAGGCUGGAGCCGCCGGAGCUGCUGCUGCUCCUUUCCUCCAGAACGCUCCCGCUGGCGCCUCCAUGGACAAGUCCGCCCGCGCUCCCGUGAUCACCAUCUUCGAUCACCGUGGCUGCAGCCGCGCUCCCAAGGAGUACACCGGCGGUCUCUCCAACACCCAGGACGACCAGAUGUGCGUCAAGGCUCAGUCCCUCAAGAUCGAGGUGUCUGAGCAGACUGCUGCUAAGCUCUUGCAGGAGAACCUCUCCUCCAUGUUUGGCAAGUAAAUGUAUACAAUCUAAGGCUAGCUCAAAACUAUUUUUCAUUUUAAAUUCCACCAAAUGUGAAACGGA